CUUUUCUCCUUCCGCCUCCUCCCCGCCCUUCAGGACCGCUAUAUAAGGAGAACACGUAACUUCCGUUUCCUUUUCCACAGGAGACUUUCAUGCUGCUUUUGUAGCCAUGUCUCUUGUAAUCCCCGAGAAGUUCCAGCACAUUUUGAGAGUGCUCAAUACCAACAUUGAUGGACGGCGGAAAAUAGCUUUUGCUAUCACAGCCAUUAAGGGUGUGGGUCGGAGGUAUGCUCAUGUAGUACUGAGGAAAGCAGACAUUGACCUCACCAAGAGGGCUGGUGAGCUCACUGAAGAUGAGGUGGAACGUGUGAUCACUAUCAUGCAGAAUCCUCGCCAAUACAAGAUUCCAGACUGGUUUCUUAACAGACAGAAAGAUGUAAAGGAUGGAAAAUAUAGCCAGGUUCUGGCCAAUGGUCUGGACAAUAAACUGCGUGAGGAUCUGGAACGCCUGAAAAAGAUUCGGGCACAUCGGGGACUUCGACACUUCUGGGGUCUCCGGGUCCGAGGCCAGCACACCAAGACUACAGGCCGAAGAGGUCGCACUGUGGGUGUGUCCAAGAAGAAAUAAAUAUAUUCAUUGGCCUUGUCUAUUAAUAAAUAGUUUAUAUCAAAA